GUACUAGUGCAAUAUAUUAAUAAAUUUAAGGAAAAUUUCAUAUUCUAUCAAGGGUUGUUGGGUUGCUAUAACAUAAGCUCCAAAGACUCAAUCCCCACACCUUGAGAAAGCUAAGUGAUUACCCUCUGCCAAAGAAGACGAAAAAAAACAACAAAUUCGCUUGACAAUCUUAAGAAAAUGAUUUCGUAUAAUCAGAUUGCAUUAAAAAAACUAGUUUUAUAAAAAAAACUCGCUUACGGAGGGGUUUUAAAUGCGUUCAAUUAAGAUUUUAAUAUGGAUGCUUACGCUGCUUAUUAUCAACAAAGCAGCGCUAGGGGAGCAGCGGCUUACUUUGUUAACCCCCAGUCAGCAGCAACAGCAACAAAUUCAUUAUCAUGCUCCCUGCGACCGCAGCAGGAAGGUAUUCACAAUGGAAUACGGGGAAAUAAGCGAUGGUCCAGCUGGAUUCAACUACACCCAGGAUUCGCACUGUGAAUGGUUGAUAAAGGCCCGGAAUGAUAGUCAAUUCAUUACUUUAACGUUCCAUACAAUGGGAACUGAAUGUUCAUAUGAUUACAUUUAUGUAUACGAUGGUGAUUCCUUUAAUUCAACAUUGCUUGGAAGCUUCAGUGGUCGUACGCAGCCUCAACGGUUGGUGGCGCGAAGUGGAAGUAUGUUGAUUCUUAUGUAUAGCGACACCAACUAUGUUCUAGAUGGGUUCCGGGCCUCUUACUAUAUAUCCAAUUGUCUUAAUAAUUGUCACAGUCAUGGUAAAUGUGUGGGUCACCAGUGUGUGUGCCAUGGCGAAUGGGUGGGCCCAGAUUGUGAGGAUGAAAUUUGCGGUGGGGGAACUAAUAAAUGCGGUGAGACCCAAGGAAAAGGAAAAUGCGUCAAAGGAGUGUGCCAUUGUGAAAACGGCUAUAGCGGUCGUCUAUGUGACCUGCGUGAAAAUCCACCCGGCGGUAACUGGCGAUGGUUAGCCACGGAUGCUGAAGGUAUGACAGCACGUGCAGCACACACCGCCGUUUAUAUUGAAGAGGAAGAUUCGCUAUAUGUUUUUGGAGGCUACGAUUUAAACAAUGUGAUAAGCACGUUACAGAUUUAUCGUUUCCCAACAAGUCAGUGGGUGGAUGAAUGGGAUAUACCUUUACAAAAUCGUCGUCAUUAUUAUCAUCAACCAAAAAUAGAUCACACUUUACUUAAGGCUGUGCUCCAGCACAAAAAUGAAGAAGAAGCCAAACUGUGGGGUCUUAACAGUGAUAUAUCUAUAUUUCGGAACAUUCUCUAUACCUUAGCCGAAACAAAUCCUUCAAAGGAUAUGCAUACUCGACGUAUUCGUAGCUCGCCGCUUUUAACAACAGUUAAUAUCAACUCAACAGAUGAAGAACUUUCAGAAUAUUUAGAAGAUAUUUUAGAAGAAGUUACCGACCACAAACCCCACGGUCGUUAUGGACACGCAGCAACAACAGUACCUGGGGGCUUCGUUAUCUUCGGGGGAAAGCAAGUAAAUGGAAGUUUUUUCAAUGAUUUGUGGUUUUAUAAUCGCAGUGAAAGUGGAGGAAAAUGGAAACAAAUGGCUGUACAAUCGAAAUUGAAAAUACCAGCGAUGGCCAGACAUACUAUAACAUAUGCCGAGGACUAUUUGUAUGUUUUUGGGGGCAGUUUGGAGACUGGAGAAUUCUCGUCAGACAUAUAUCGUAUUCGCUGGCCCAUUACAAAGCAGGAUAGUAAUUCUGAAUCCGAAUGGGAAUUCAUACAUCCUAGGGGUGGCAAGAAACUAGAUGUUCGAUUAGCAGCACAUACAACAGUCUACUAUAAAGCCACUAAUUCUUUAAUUGUCUUUGGUGGUAUUAUGACAAGCCUGGCUCGAUUUUCGAAAUUAUCAGAUCGAAUUUUUGCAUUUCAAUUGGACAAAUUUCAUUGGACUGAGAUAUUGUACCCAAGAACGGCGUUGCGAGAUACGAACAUUCCGCGCGAACGAGCUUUUCAUACCGCGACUGUAAGUGGCAAUUAUAUGAUUGUGUUCGGAGGGUACACCCAUCGCCAUAAUAAAGAUGAAAUUUGCUACGAUAACCAGAUGUAUUGGUAUCAUUUAUCGUGCCACAUAUGGAUAAAUCAAGAAGUAUCUGCUGAAGAAUCGUAUCCCAAGACCCAGGGAGUAUUUGCUCAUGCAGCUGCAUUGAGAAAGAAUAACACUUUGCUUAUUGUUGGUGGUUAUCAUGGCAAUGUCAAUUCUGAUUUAUUUGCAUAUGAACUGCCUCAAGUGUUAAGAGCUAACGGUAUAUUCGGGAAUAAUCCAGAAAUGGCUUGUCGAUACCACACUUCACAUACGGCCUGUCUAUCUAAUCCGGAAUGUGGCUGGUGUUCAGCCGAUAGCAGUUGUUACGGGCGAACUAUUGGCGCCAAUUGCACCAGCAAUUUACAAACGUCUAGAUGUCCGGGCAUAUGUCCAUCUUUGGGCGAUUGCCACUCUUGCCUGGUGCACGGGACUCAGUGGGCUAAAAUAUUGGAGAGCAAUGAUAACUAUCUUUCCGUUGCAAGUAAAUUGGGACUGAACGAGUGUUCGUGGUGUGUUCAAAAUGCAAAAUGUCAUCAUCGUGAUGACAACUACGGUAUAUGUGGCGAAGAUACCCCCUCACACAGCCCUGGAUGGUGGGGAGAGCAGGGCACUGAAAUUCGUCAACCUUCCCACUGCACGCGCAAUGAUCGCAGACCGGGCCUGACUUAUAUAAAAUAUCAUUACCCUGUUAAUUUGACCAUGCCCGAUUUUGUGGCAAUUGUGAAUGCUACAAUGGUGGACUUCUCUUCUCCUACGCCGAUAACGCAGUAUGAACCAAAAGUUGAAGGUGAGAUGUUGGCUCGACUCCUGGGGUUUGUGCGUCCACAAAAACAGUGGGAAGAGGAGCCCACAGAGAUACAAGUGUGCACAAGUUAUUCAAAUGCUGUAUUAAAAGCUGGCUUAGGAAAAGAUUUAAAUUCAUUAAAGGAGUUGACCAAACAGUCGUCCAAUCAAUCGUAUUGCAGUAAUGUUGAAAUACCCAGCACCGAGCAGCCUUUCCUAAUAGAUUUUCAAGCCCGACGUCGAAUUGGUUUAAACAAUAUCUACAAUACGUAUCAGAAGACCAAGAUGGAGCUGCAACAUGUUUACCAUGGAAAUUUGAACGCUUUCACCUUUGAAUAUCUGGAGCCCUACUAUUCGGGAGAGAAUUGUUCGCAAUACACAAAUUGUCUGCAAUGCUUAACAGAUAACGCUUGUGCCUGGUGUUCUUUAAAGUCACAAUGCAUGUCUAAGAUGGUUAACGAAACAGAGGCUUGUGCUGUCACAAAGAAGACAGACUAUAAUUCAACCUACGUAUUGUGGGAGUAUUUAGUUAAUCAGCCUAGCCACUGUGCCAAUUGCUCCAAUUAUGUUUCUUGUGAAGAAUGUGUGGAUUCCAAUUUGUGUGAAUGGUGGGCGGAAGAAGCGCGAUGUGCCCGCUUAGGUAAAUCUGAAAACAGUGUCAAAACAAUAGACCAAUGUCCAGUGCAAUGCAGACUACGUACUAACUGUCAAGAUUGCUUGAAUGAGAGGGGUCGCUGUGUAUGGUGCGAAGCCAGAUCGGCUUGUUUUAGUUUCGCGGUUUAUACUAGUGAAUACCAAUUCGGUAUGUGCCGAGAAUGGCUGGACCAGUCCGUGAGUCCCCAUCAAGUUGAGGGUGACAAUAGUGUACUGCAUUCGAGGUCAUCUGCCCUUAUACCCAUUCAUCAUCAAACAAUGCACAAACAGCAACAGUGUAAGUUAUGCUCCCAAUAUCGCAACUGUACAACGUGCUUGCGCACUCUAAGCUGCGGAUGGUGUUUUGAUCGUGACAAUCCCAUAGAGGGUAAAUGUAUGCACGGCGAUUUCAGUCAACCCUUUGGCAAUUGCUCCCUGGCUCUGAACAGUUCCUAUGUACAUGAUGCAGAAUGGGCCUAUGCACAGUGUCCAGAUGUCGAUGAAUGUGGCUUAGGGUUACACGAUUGCCACAAAGAGGCAAAAUGCACCAACACCCAUGGAUCUUACAGAUGCCACUGCCGUCGUGGAUUCGUGGGCGAUGGCAGACAAAGCUGUACUAGGACCUGUUUCGAAACGUGUGUGCACGGUUAUUGCUCGGAUUCGCCCGAUUACGUAUGCCGAUGUGAGUUGGGCUGGACAGGUGCUGAUUGUUCCAUAAAUUGUGGCUGUCAUAAUCACUCGACGUGUAAUGAGCGUGUGGGUAAGUGCGAUUCUUGUCAAGCGUGGACGGAAGGUGAACGUUGUGAACGAUGUCGUCAAGGCAGCUAUGGCAAUGCCACUUCCGCUUCGGGUUGUACGCCAUGUGAGUGUAACGGUCAUGGGAAUCAAGACUUGGGUAUUUGCAACGUCAAUAAUGGCGAAUGUUAUUGCAAAGAUAAUACAGAGGGUAUCAAAUGUGACAAAUGUUUACAAGGAUUUUAUGGAGACCCCAAAGAUGGAGGUCAAUGUUAUUAUCAGUGUGAGUCUCGUGGCAUGUUGCGAAACAUUGGUAGCAGCGGUAUUGGAUCAUACAAAGCGUACAAAUCCCCUUGGGGCGCCAAACUGGAAGUCAAGGAAUGUUUGUGGAUUUUAGCUCCAAAAACUCUACAUGCCGAGAAGUCAUUAUUGCAAGUUGAAUUCGAGUGGAAUUCUUUGGCCAUGGAUUGUGAUGAAAAUGCUGUUUAUAUAUAUGACAGCCUACCCGAUUUAACAGGUGUGUCCCAACAAAAUCAAUUAAUUUCAGUGAUAUGCAACCCCUACACAUCUUCACAUAUUAUCGAGGCAAGAUCUAGCCAUGUUACGGUUUACUAUAAGCAAGGCGGGGGAUUAAGAAAACAUUUUGGCUUUAACGCCCUGUACACUGUGAAGAAUUGUGUGGUCAAUACCUGUUUGCAUCCACAUAUUUGCGAUGAUCUAAAACGUUGUGUGUGUCCAGCUGGGUAUGUGGGGCCAAAGUGUGAAAUAGAAAUAUGUCCUCGCAAUUGCAACGCAAAAAGGAUGCAGGGAUAUUGCGACACCGAUUAUGGCCGCUGCAUUUGUAACCAAGGAUGGGGCGGAAAAGACUGUGGCACAGCCAUCAAAACGAAUCAAAUAACAGUCACCGAACAGUUCAACACAUUACUUCUCUCAGAAUCUUAUGAACAUCUACGAAAAACUAUACCGCGCUUUGGCCACACCGUUUGUGCUGAUCGCAGAGGAUCAUUGUGGAUGUUUGGGGGAUAUUCGCCUUCGCAUGGUCCACUCAACGAUUUUCGGCAAUUCGAUACGAAGAACGGAACAUGGAUGCAGGUUACAGUAGAAUCAACACCAGAAGAUAAAAUGCCUUUGGGUAGAUAUUUUCAUGCAGCCGAAAUUUAUUUAAAAAAACAGACGAUUUUCAUAUAUGGUGGCAUAACAACUACGGGCAUCUCGGUGUCUCCCAAACCAGAGAUAUUAUCAGACUUUUGGCAGUUUUCAAUACAAAAUCAACGAUGGUCCGAACUGGACUUGACUGGCCAUCGUAUAAAACCUCCGGCAUUGGCAGGUCACACGCUUACCUAUACCCGGAAUAACGAACGAGAAUCUCUAAUCCUGAUCGGUGGAAUGACUUUGAACAAGUCACGGCAGUUGGAAUUGUGGGAAUUCAACUUGGAGACAUUUAGAUGGGAGCAAUUGUUGGCUUUGGGCGUUCGCAUGCCAGUCCUUUAUGGCCAUACUACGGUUUACCAUGGAGAAAAACACAUCAUGUAUGUGUUUGGUGGCUAUUCAACGGAACCUCAAAGCAAACUAUAUGCUCUGCAUUUGCAAAAAAUGACAUGGACCGAACUGCCGCCUUUCAAGGAUCUCAAUCGUCCGGAAUCGUUAUUGCCCAGGGCACGCUAUUUCCAUUCGGCAGUUACUACCGACCAGUACAUGAUAGUAUAUGGUGGACGAAAUUUUCCUUACAACUCCAGCGAUGUGCUAUUAGCUUACGUUUACAACUGCAAUCAGUGGAUUCGGUUGACCGAGGAUGUAAACAUCGUGGGACAAUUACAGACAUCCACAUAUGCCGAAGACAUAUCCAUUGACCAUGAAAGCAACGCCAUUUAUGUUAUUGGUGGUUGGGAUGGAAGUGCAGCGAAAAGUCAUGUCACAAAGAUAACCAUACCCAACGAUAUUUGCCAGUUGUGGAGCGCGGGAAAAUAUUUGUGUCGUCACUACAUGGGUUGUAGUUUCUGCACGGUUUCUGCAAAUUUUGUGACCUCUUCUUUCUGUUAUUCGCAUGACACCCACAGUGGCGUAUGUAAUAAUGGCAACGGUACACUUGUGUAUAACAAUGGCGCCGCUUGCGAUGAUGCCUGGAUGGCUAGACGUAAUUGCUCCAGUUUCACCUCCUGUUCAGCAUGUUUAGCUUCAUGGCCUUCCCACGUAGAGACUACACCAGUGUGUCAAUGGUGCGAUGAAUGUGGUAUUAAAGGUAGAUGUGUCCCGGCCGGGGUGGAUUGUGAACGUCGUACAUGGUGUUCCAAGGAAGUAAGUGUGGGUCUUUUAAACCUUUGCCCUCAACCGCAAUGCCACACCCUGUAUUGUGAAGCCUGCAUACUGAAUGAGAAUUGUGAAUGGGCUCAGAACGAAUUGGGAACAAUUGAAUGCAUUACGAAGGAGUUAGUUGAACAAAAUCAGUACAAAAUUAUAGGCCAAUGCCCUUUGCCUUGCCAUCAUUAUCACAAUUGCUCGACCUGCUUGAAUAACAACGAUAACGAACAGCCCAAAGACUGCAAGUGGUCUACGAUGCUGAAUACAUGUUUGUCUCCCCAGACACAGCCUCUGCUGUGCGCUGGGGGCGUGUGUGGUUUAGUAUUGGAAGCAAACGAAACGGACCAUUGUCCAGAACCCUGUAAUGUUUACACGCAGUGCUCUCAGUGUUUGGAACAUGCCCAUUGUGGUUGGUGUGCUAGAGACGGUUACAACGGAGAUGGCAUUUGUACGGAAGGAUCGCUAGAGAACAAACAGGAAUAUCCAUCUUCCUCGACAUGUGAUUUAAUCUAUUCCUCUUUGCGCAAUGAUUCCAUGUUGAAACCUGCGGACGUUGUUUCCUGGAACUAUGUCAAAUGCCCAGCAGAAAAUGAAUGCAUCAAUGGCCAUCAUCAUUGUCACCCAGAAUCGGAAAAAUGCAUAGAUACGAUAAAUGGCUAUCAUUGCGAAUGUGGCGAAGGCUAUCGUCCGGAAAAUGACACAUGUAUACCAGUGUGUAGCCAGGGAUGUGUUCGUGGCAAUUGUGUCCGGCCAAAUGUGUGCGAUUGCGAUUUUGGGUAUGUUGGUGCCAAUUGCAGCAUACAAUGUUUAUGCAAUGGUCAUUCGGAUUGCAAAGGUCCCAAUUUGCUGGAUGAAUGCAUUAAGUGUCAUAACAACACCAUGGGAGACCAGUGUGAAAAAUGUCAGCCAUUGUUUGUGGGUGAUCCUAGGGAGGGCAGAGCGUGUGUACCGUGCCACGAGUAUUGCAACGGUCAUACGGAUUCAUGCAUAGCACAUGAUUCGGAACCCACAUACUUCAAUAUGACACGAUCCGAAUUGGAGCGAAAUCUUCCACAAGGGCCGCUGGCAAAUGCUACUUGUCUGAGAUGUGCCAACAAUACAGCUGGCGAACGCUGUGACACGUGUAUUGUGGGUUAUUUCCGAGGUUCCGACGAUCAUCACAAGGAGUGUCGCCCAUGCCAAUGUCAUGGGCAUGGUAACGUCUGUGAUCCAGUGACUGGUGAAAAAUGCAACUGUGGUAAUAACACUGAAAGUGAUGCCACAUGUACUGCGGGGGGUGGUAAAAACUCAGCUCACUUAUGUUGGAGUGUCCAAUGCUCGAAAUGUCGUGAUUCGUAUGCCGGAAAUCCAAUAGAUGGUCAUCAGUGUUAUAAACAAAUCACUGUGGAGUCUAGAAUGUGCUUCGACGCAAAACCUAUAGAAGAAUGCAAGGCUAAACCAGCGGCCCUCAAACCCGGACAAACAGUGUUCUUUGUCAUACAACCUCGAUUCAUGAAUGUUGACAUUAGAGUUAUAAUCGAUGUUACUCAAGGUGAAUUAGACGUUUAUAUGUCUCCACAGGAUGACUCUUUCAUUGUAGAGACAAAUGAAACCAGCGGAUAUCAUGACAUUUAUUUAGACAACCGUUACAAUUGGGGACCCAAAAUGAAACGUUCGCACCCACUCAAUGUGGCCCAACCAAAGUAUGAUAACAACACGUCCUUCUCAAAAUUGGUGAUGAACGAUAAGCGUAAUAGUUAUUACGUGCCACAUAUUCAAGACUGCAAAAGCCAUGGUGGUCACAGCUUUUUUGUUAAAGAUCAACAUGCCAAGGAUUUGAGUACCCAUGUUACACUUAACCAUUGCAACACAUUACUGCGAUUAUUCGGACUUAAGAACCGCUUGGUUCUAACACUACCACAGCAUGCUCAUAAUUUGAGUGCCACAAGGUUCUUUAUUGCCUUGCGGGCUAGCUCUGGCCCUGAACCUAGCUACGGUUCGGUCGUUUUUCGUCAAGACCAACUACAUAUCGAUUUGUUUGUAUUCUUUUCGGUAUUUUUCUCGUGCUUCUUCCUGUUUUUGGCUGUGUGUGUGGUCAUAUGGAAAGUCAAACAGACGGCAGAUAUAAGAAGAGCGCGGCGUCAGCAUGUUGUAGAACUUUUGCAUUUAGCCAAACGGCCGUUUGCUUAUGUCUUCUUAGCUGCAAACUCCUUUGAUUUAGAUAGUCCGCACCCGACCACAUCAUCGGCAAUGGCCAACAACAGAGUGGUUCGCAGUGCUACCGGUGCUCGUUCAAAGCACCAGCAUCAAGUGGCAAGUAAUUCGCAAUUACCAGAAGUAUUGUUGAUUGCCAUCGAACCAACAGCCGAUAAUUUGGCAGCAGUUGGGACCGUGUUCGUUAGUCUACCCGGCCGUUAUAAAGCACCCCUGAGCAUGGCCUUGGGCUCAACAUUAAUAUCUUAUCCACCACGAUUGUAUCAGGUGAACAACCGACACUACACCCGGGCGCCCAGAGGAAACUCUGCGCCAGUAAGUGGAGCUGGUGUUGCAGGCCCAGCAGCAAAUGCCGGUGGCGGUGCGGUGGCCGGAGCAGCUAGACAAAAUCGACAAGGUGCCAUAGCGAUUGAUGAUGCGUUACCUGUAUAUAAUCUUAAUUUGUAAUAGACAAUUAACCACGAAAAAAAAACUGCAGCAACAACAAUGGAAUUUAUAAAAGACAAAUACAACAUCCACUCUCCUUACCGAAUGAACAAAUAUCCACGACAAAAAGAAACUUCCGCGAAUACAACAUUAGUCGAAUCUGAUUUUCUCUCUAGUGAAUUGAUGAUAUAAGUUUUCAUGUGUAAGUAUAGAAUAACCGAACCACUUUCGUACAAUAUUAGUUUUUAGUUUUAAGUAAACUGCAGUACAUUGUUACGUACUAUACUAUGUCCAGUGUUCAGUGUUUUUAACAGGACGAACAUUUAUGUAUUUAGUAACUUAGCAGGAGCUCUAGCAUUAUUUACUUCUCUAAGUGUUCCGCAUUUCUUUUACAAUCCCAACGAUGUUGUAUAUGACAUCGAGUAUGAGUACUAACAAAAUUCAAAUGUACUUUAUUUGUAUUAUGACAAUUAAUUCCAGAAAAUUUACUAAAUUUUCACUGUGAGUGAAAUAGGUAAAAAUCCUUCCAGUAGCAUUCCGUUAAAAGUGUUCCCAAGUGAAACCAUUAAAUAUUACAGUCAACUUGCACUACAUUUUUUAUGUGGGUUUUACCACGUUCAAUAACCUGUAUUUUCGGGCUUUUUGAUUUGUCUUGACAAUAUCUGCUCUAGAUAAAAAAAAUGCAUUAGAAUCGUAAACAUUUUAUGAUUUUUGAUAAAUACUCGGAUAAAGGCAACUUUUUCUCAAUCUGAAUAGCAAAUCUGAACAAAGGGAAAUAAUCUGAAGAAGGCUUUAUAUCAGUGAUGGGCACAUUAACACAGCUGAAAAUUCUAAAUUGUGUGUUGUAUGAGGCGCAGUUAAUUCCAAAUGAUCUCACAUAGUUGAUCGUUUGAAGAAGCUUUCAAUGGAGUGACAACGAACCGUUAAUUGGACGAAACGUACCCAGCAGGCCGUGUCGUCAAGACGUCUUAAAAGAAAGUUGCAUGACCAUGUUAAAACGUUGUAGACAUAUAGCCGACAGCUCAUGUUGUCGUUAUUACAUUUUCAUGUGGAGGUGGCGAUCCUCGUCAAGCUCAUGUAGGUGAGCAAGCUCGUUCCGCUCCAAAGGACCGAUCGUUGAGGGAACAAGAUGGCCAUAGGUUUUUAAAGGCGUCAAUAACUCAAAGGCACUCAGUAUUUGUGCAAGAGGCGGUGCCACCCGACCUCUCAGUGAAACUCUCCCCUCGAUACCAUUGAUUGGCCGCGACUGCCGUUGCAGCAACCUCGCAUAGAGCAUUCCACUAUCCGCAACUUGUGGACGCACCUGGUAGCUCGCAGUGAACGCCGCACAGAUCGGACCUUCACGUUCCAGCCUGUGUGGUGCUCACAGCUAUCCCGGGUUCAUACAAAUCCAUGAUGACAUUUUCAUAUAGUUGUCGCAAAAAUCAUGCAUGCCAUUUCAAGCGACAUUUGGAACGAACCUGUCAUCAUGUCUCAUGACGGAUCUGUUACGACAACCUUUAGAGAGCGUCCAUUAUUCGAAGAAAAAAAAAAUAAAUAAAAUUUUAAAGUUUUCAGUAAAAAAUUAUGCUGACUUGUUCAUGCACACGGUUAGGGAAUUCGUCGACUAUCAAAUUGUAUAGCAGACAAUCUGCAAAACACGUCAGCAAACAAAAUUAAAACUGUUGGAUAGAUGCUUACGUUAUACGAGUUGUUGUUGUAGCAGUGUGUUAUACACUGAGGCGGCAGCCCUUGCCGAUGAAGAACUCUAUCGGGUCAAUCCGGUACGCACAACCGGCAGCCAUGGGUUUGACCCUGUACGUGUGAUGUCUGUUGGUGCUGAUCUAUACUUUAUAUGUAGCUAUGUUGUCGCACAGCCGUCAAGAAUCGAAAUCCAUCGAAUCAAAACAUUCAAAAAAAUUUAUUUAUUGACAAGGCUUAAAGCUUUUGUUCAAAGCUUUGUAUUCAAAUUAAUUGAAAUUUAUGCAUAGGAAAAAUUGUAACAUUAUUAUAUUCACCGCUUUAUCUAAAGGCCUACUUUUAUGGAGCUAGAACUUGAAGAUCUAGUCGACAUUUCCGGGCGGCGGUCGGUUUUCUUUGUGGUUGGGACGGCUGCUGGACAUAGUGCUGCCGAAAAAGCGACUUAUGAAUUUAUUCCUACUCCUGUGGAGUAAAUGCUGCCAAAUGUGACGCCAAGUAUUUUUGAACAAUUGCCCACGAACAUUCCAUUAAGGAACAGGCAUUAGACAUCUUGCAUAUCAUUGGGUGCCGCCCGAUUCUACUUUAAGCUGAAUAAUAAGGGACCUCCUUUUAGUGUCCGACUCCGAAUGAAGUGCCACUUAGCGACAUAUGGGUCUAAAAAUAUUUAAAUAUGAACCACAUAUUUUGAUACCUAUGUAUAUUCAUAUACCAAUUUUGGAAUGGUCGUCUUUUGCCAAUAAAACUGAAUAACUUAUGCAAAUCUUCUAUGGUGGGCACAUGACAUAUUUAAACCGGGAGAACCUAACAAAAUUUCUACUUGAUUUUGAUGAAAAAAUAGAAAAUAAUUUCCGUACAUUUUAAAUUGUAAGGAGCGGUACCAUUUUUUUAUUAAAAACAAAUAAAUUCAUGAUUUUUAUCUCUCCCUUUCAGUUGGUUGGGGGAAUUUUUCUCAAGUCUCAUUCGCCCUUUUAUUUCGAUUCAGAAUAGCUAUUUUUUUCCCUAGGAGAUAUUUGCCUUUUUUGAAGUUCAUUUUAGAAUAAGGAAAAGGGGAGUAGUGAAAAAACUCCCAGAAUAGGCGAAAAGGGAAUAAACUCGGAAUAGGACUGAAAAUGGAGAAUAGGAAAUCAUUAUCAGUUUACAAAUUUGUUUUUAAUUCUCCCAUGAUCCUACAAAACAGUUUCAUUUUCUAUCUUUCAUUAAUGGUCGUGCAAAAACUCAAUUACAAUGCUUCCAUAGAGGAGUGAAACUUUGUAUACGGAUGGGGAAGCAUCCGCUUACGCUAGUGCACCGAAAAUGCGCUAGUUUCAGCAUUUACAUUUUUUGCAUCGUAAUAAUCCUUGUGUGAGAAUUAGAAUGUUCUUCAACUACUCUAUUAUUUCCUAGAAGUGCUUACAGUACUUGCAAUUUUAUGAACAUUUUUUUGUGUGAUAAAAUAAAAGCCAAUCCUCCCAAUACUGAAAAUAAUGUAGGAUAAAAUAUUUAUAUAAAAUAUAUAUAUCAAACACCAUUUUGAAAGAGGUAGUUGAACAUUUUCAACUAAUUUCUUAAUUGUUCUAAUAAAAAGUUUGAGUUUGUAAAUAGAAGAUUUGCAUACGUUUUUCAGUUUAAUGGCAAAAGACGACCAUUCUAGAACUGAUAUUUUGAAAAAUUCAAUUUUAAAGCUGUUAGGUGUCAUAACAGAACAUUACAUUUCUGCCGAAUCGAAGAAAAAUUGCGGCUUUCAGGGGCUCAAGUAGUCAAAUCGGGAGAUCGGUUUAUAUGGGAGCUAUAUCCAAAUUUGAACCGAUAUGGUCCAUUUGCAAUCCCCAACGACCUACAUCUACAUAUAAAGUAUCGGUGCACAAUUUCUAGCGGAUAGUCUACGCGUUCGACUCCUGUAGUGAUUUCGACAGACGGACGGACAUGCUACUUCGACUCAGAAUGUCGAGACGAUCAAUAAAUCAAUAUUUCGCGGUGUUACAAACGGUGGUGGAUAUAAAAGGACAUGGACAGAAAAAUCGGUACAAGGAUACAGUAUAGGUCGGUUAAGAUUGUAAAUGACCCCCAUCGGUCCAGGUUUUUAUAUAGCGCCCAAAUACACCGUUCUUGGAAGUUGUUAAUUGCAAAAUUUAAUAGAAAGCCGUUAUUUGUUAAAGUUUGUCUAAAAACUGGGACAUUUGGAACAUUUAGAAAAAAAUUUUAAGGUAGAUGGAAAUCGUGCCUCGUUGGAGCAACUUAAACCUUAUAAUUCUUUAUGAAGUCGGGAUUUUGAGUUGUUUGCAGCUUAUAAAAAGAUCAGUUUAAAAGACCAAUAUUAUAACAGUAUCAGCAAGUGAAAGACCCGAUUUAGAUUUUUAUUUUUUUUUUAUUAAAAGAGUAAUUGAAAUCUUUCGAUUUAUAAUUACAAUUUCGGUGUACAUUGAAGUCAAUUAGUGUUUUCUGUACCAAGCAAACUCUUUCAAUGAGAAAUUUACGAAAAUUUUCUAAUAAAAAUAUAUGGUUGGAACCCUAGUUGACCCUUUUUGAAUGGGUGUCUUUUAAUUGGUAUAAUUUGAUGGAAACUGGACUUGCAAACUACACUUUUCCGUUUCAUAUUCACGUCAAAUAUGUUCCAUUCACAUAAAAUAUGUUCCACUUUAACUUCUUUGGCGCCGAAGGGCUCAAAUAUUAUACCAGUUGAGAUAAUUGAUCAUUUUAUUUUACUUUUUUCCCCCAAAGUGUGUAGACUUCUUUCAUAUCCAUAAUUUUGUCCGUUUUAAGUUUUUAGGUCGUAGCCGAGUUUGAAGAACGUUCCGUAUAGCGACACCUCUUCAUUAAGCAUUAGUGAGGUGUGCACUGACAACAGAGUAUUUUUUACUCGUAGAGUAUGGUUGCCCAUCUUGUGUUAGUUCCAACUUGUAUAAGCUUACUUAACAGAUUUCAAAAAUUCUUGCACAUGCUCAAAGGCCACUGCCAUUAAAUGUGUAACUGCGUCCUCUAUAUUUGUUCUUUGUUUUUUUAUACCCUCCACCAUAGGAUGGGCGUAUACUAAUAUUCGAAAUAUUCGUCUGAGACGCCAUAAAGUAUAUAUAUUCUUGAUCGUCGUGACAUUUUAUGUCGAUCUAGCCAUGUCCGUCCGUUCGUCUGUUUGUCGAAAGCACGCUAACUUCCGAAGAAGUAAAGCUAGUCGCUUGAAAUUUUGCACAAGUACAUCUUAUUAGUGUAGGUCGGUUGGGAUUGUUAAUGGGCCAUAUCAGUCCAUGUUUUGAUAAAGCUGCCCUAUAAACCGAUCUUGGGUCUUGACUUCUUGAGCCUCUAGAGUGCGCAAUUCUUAUCCGAUUGGAAUGAAAUUUUGCACGACGUGUUUCGCUAUGACUUCCAACAAAUGUGCUAAAUUAGGUUCAAAUCGGUCAAUAGCCCAUCUUGCCUUCUUUAGCCAGAAGAGGGCGCAAUUCUUAUCCGAUUUGAAUGAAAUUUUGCACGAAGUAUUUUGUUAUGAUAUCCAACAACUGUGCCCAGUAUGGUUCAAAUCGGUCCAUAACCUGAUAUACCUGUUAUAUAUACCGAUCUGGGAAUUUGACUACUUGAGCUCCUAGAGGGCGCAAUUCCUAUCAGAUUUGGAUGAAAUAUUGACGUAUUUUAUUAUGAUUCAACAACUGUACCAAAUAAGGUUCAAAUCGGUUCAUAACCUGAUAUGGCUGCCAUAUAAACCGAUCUGGGAUCUUGACUUCUUGAGUUUCUAGAGGUCGCAAUUAUUAUUCGAUUUGCCUGAAAUUUUUUACGACAGAUCCUCUCAUGAUCAUCAACAUACGUGUUUAUUAUGGUAAACAUGGUGAUAUAGUUCCCAUAGAAAUCGAUCUCUCUAUUUUACUUCUUGAGAUCCCAAAGGGCGCAAUUCUAAUUCGAAUUGGCUGACAUUUUACACAGGUCUUCAACAUAUAAUUUAACUGUGGUACGAACCGGACCAUAUCUUGAUAUCGCUAUAAUAGCAGAGCAAAUCUUUUAUCCUUUUUUUGCCUAAGAAGAGAUGCCGGGAAAAGAAGUCGACAAAUGCGAUCCAUGGUGGAGGGUAUAUAAGCACGAUUUUACUUGUUUUUUUUUUUAAUUAGAUGGCUACUAAACAUCUCAAUAAAGAAUCUAAUUUAUGAAUAGCUACAUCUAUAACGUCAAUUCAAUAAAAAUAGAAAUCAAUAAUAUGUGGGAGAAAGACAUUUUUUACAAACAUUUAUAAAAAAAAAAACAAAUUAAUCCAUUACAAUAAUAAACCACUAUAGGCCCUAAAAUCUCAAUAUCUAAAACAAUAAUAAUAGUAAUUAUAUAAUUAAAUGUAAGUAGUGGAAAGAAGACUAAUUUCAUGAUGGUUGCAUACAUAUAUCGAACAAAUCUUUCACAAACACACACACACACACAGAAAUAAGAAAAUAAUUUUGUAAAAUGUAUAUAUACUAACAGUUUUUGUUAAAUAAGAACUGAGCCACUUAAUUAAGUAAUUUUUGUUGCUUAAGACAUACACAUGUAUGUACAUAUAUGUUUUGUCACUGUUGAAAUUUGGUUUUAUUAUUUAAUUUGAUUGCAUUUUAAAACCAACUGCAAAUAAGUUACACAUCGUCAAAAGAUGCAUGGAACACUUUAAUAUGCAGCCGACGAUGUAAUAUGUUAAUAUUCCUACAAGCGACACAUUGAUUUAAUGAUGAUUUAUGCGACGCAACAGAGACUUUAGAUCUUUGCAUACCGAAAACGUAGGCAUAGAAUAGUGCACGAUGCACCAUGCCACAGAAAAUAAAAAAGAAGAAGUAGGAACGGAGAGAGACAACUAAACGAAAUUUAGAUUGGAAUUGCAACAAUCUUAAUUAGUAUGUAGGGCGCCCCGGUAGCCGAGUUGGUAGCGUACCUGGAUUACCAGUGCAGGGGUCGUGGGUUGGAUUCCCUCCAGAAGCCUUGGUCUGUCGCUACUGUGGUAUCACAAUGGACUUGAAAUUGUCUAAGUGAGUCUGUAAAGGACUGCCACUCUUACCUAACCCAAUCUUACCUAAUUAGUAUGUGGAUUGAAAAUCUAUCCACAAAUACCUUCGCAAAUCACCAAAUAUAAGCAAACAAAAGCAUUUUUUGGUGUGGGUUUUAAGAAUCCAAGAGUUUUAACAUUGGAGAGUAAAUGAGCCUUUUGAAGCCCAAACAACAUUUGGUAACCUAUUCUAAAUUUCGUAGAGAUAUCUCCAUGCGUUGGGAAAUGAAGUGAUUCAUUUUCACUUUUAUGGUUUACAAAUUUAGAAAAUUUGGUUUGUGACAUGCGAUAGCAUAAAACUGCACCUCUUCAGAAUUUCUUUUAGUUGCGUACAUUUCUUUAAUUAUUCACCGCUUGAAAGAACUCCUACCAGAACGAAAGUUAUGAACUUUUCACCGUUGUAUAAAGAUUCUGCCCACUGUGCAAUGUAGUUUGAAGGCCCAUUAGUUUGCAGUAGAUGUUAAAAAACAGUCAACUGUUUUCCUUCCAUAAAAUCAGCUGAUAAUAAUGAAAUGGCUAACGAAAUGUGCUCGGAAUUUUCAGUGGUUUUAAAGUGGUCAUUACAGCAUUUGCAUACAUCAAUUGGUUGCAGUACCUGAUGUAAAAAUGGCAAAGCAGAAUAUAAGCUUACACUGGAGUAAAAAUCUAUAGAUUUCAAACCUUAAAUAUUUCAAUUAACAUUUACACUCUGUCCAAAAACUCUUUCCACGUGUUUCAAUUCUCCUAAUAAUUGAAUUAAAAAUGUAUCCCAACCCUUUUGGAAAAAGUAUGAAAUUGAUCAUUGACAGCAUAAGUGAGGGUAUAACAAACGAUGACAACUUUUCUUCUAAUGUUUUUGUCAGAAUUCUCAACUAGAAUGUCAUUGACGGAAACGCUAGGUUAGGUUAGGUUGAAAAAAGGGUGCAGAUAUUAAACCGCCCCAUGCCACUAUGGACAUACACCUAAGCCAGUAAUCGGUUUGUUGUGCGCUCUAAAAACUAUAAAGUAACCUCUAAAAAAAGAAAAUUUUAAGUUAGGAAUUCCGUGCUACUUACAAAAUUCUUAUUGUUUUCAAUACCACUCCCCUAAGUUGGUUCAUGUCGGAUAUUGUAUCUCCACCUAAGUGCCAGUAUCUGUUGGAUGCGAAAGCCGGACAAUGACAAAGGAAAUGCCCCAACGUCUCAUCUUCCCCGCAUGCCCUACACAUGCUAUCAUUUGCCGCACCGAUUUUACAUAAAUGAGCUCGUAGUCCUAUGUCUCCCGUUAUGAUACCUAUAGUCUUUUCACGAUCUGGAUCCCCCCAUAGGAUUUUCGCCGUCCUACCGACCGUUUAGCUGUUCCACAAUGUUGCAUGCGCAUUCGUCGCCCACUCCCUUAACUCGGACUGCGUCGACCCGAAAAGCUUCGGGUUAACCAAGUUUAUUGACGGCAGUCCUCUGACUUUCACCGCCAAAUCGUCUGCUCUUUCAUUUCCCCUUACUCCCGGCACCCAAACGAUGCGGAUUUUGCCAUCCUCAGAGAAGGCAUUAAUCUCCUUACACUGCAAGACUGUUCGUGACCUUACCGUCCUAGUUGUUAUUGCCCUUAUGCCAAUUUUACUGUCGGUAAAGAUUUUCACACUCGACGUCCUCGCGUUAUCACGCAUUCCGUGAUCGCCCGGAUCUCCGCCUGCAAGACCGUAUUAUGGUUUUAUUCCUUUUUUAAUUGGCUAUGAUAGAAUAUUUGUUCCACUAGCCGAACGUAGAAUAGCGUUCCAAGCGCCUCGAUCUUCUGCGCUCACCACCAAGUUUCGAUCUUUCCAUCCGGCUUUUGGUCUUCCCGAUUUGCGUGUACCACUGUGUUUGCCUUCAAAAGACUUAUUUGCUGGAGCUUCUUCAUCCAUUCUGACAACAUGACCUAGCCAACGCAGCCGUUGUAUUUUGAUGCGUGUAACUAUGCUAUCGUCGCCAUACAGCUCGUGGUUCAUAAUUCGCCUAUAUUCUCCGUUAACGCCAACUGGUCCACAUAUUUUGCGAAGAAUCUUUCUCUCAAGUACCCCAAGCACUGCCUCAUCUGCUUUCACCCAUGUACCAGUACCCAUGCUUCAGAACCAUAUAACAGCACGUGUAGUAUCAGUGUCUUGUAUAGUGUAAUCUUCAUCUGUCGAGAGGUGGCCUUGUUUCUAAACUGCUUACUUAGUCCAAAGUAGCAUCUGUUUGCCAAUAUUAUUUUUCGCUUAAUCUCAAAACUGGAGUCAUUCGUUUCGGUUACGGCGGUGCCGAGGUAGAUAAAAUUACUGACUGUCUCAAAGUUGUGGUUCCCAACUUUUUCCAUUUUCUUUAUCUGCUCGGUUGUGCAAGGCCGUAUUAUGGUCAGGCAGUCUAAAACAGAUCUCAGUCCUUGGGUUCUAAAUGUGACCCCCCAGACUGCCUUUGUCCUCUAGCUUUGAUCCAUCCGUGUAACAUGAUCUUCCAGAUGGCAAUGGCGGAAACGCUAAGCUAUGCGCCAUUUUAACCAGAUUGUGAAUUUUCUUUCCAUCACUAUGCCGUCCGGGAGGGUUUAACGUUUACACCUUUCGUUUUUCCUUUAAAAGUGGAAUGACAAGCACAAAACAAAUAAGCUAUAUUGCCCUUAAAAAAUGCAGCCUGAAGAAGGGUUUAACGCCUACGCCUUUCGUUUUCGUUUAAAAGUGAAAGAACUUUGCUUAAAUCCUUCAAGCACAAAACAAAUAAUACGAUAUACUUCGAUGAGCUGAAGGGCGGUGGAAGCGUUAAUUUUUGUUUAACGACUGGGGAAUGUGGCUAUAAGACUAUUACCAAAUCCAGCACACAAUUAUCAAUGCCCUUAAAAUAUGCAGCCUUGGCUUGAAAGCAGUCACGAAACUGUGUUAUUUUGUUUACAUAUUAGAGAUAUUAUCAAUUCAUGCACUGGUGAUGUAUGCAUUUGUCUAUGACAACUUAGAGCAUACGAUUUUAUUUUGAACUUAUAUAUGUAUAUACAUGAUUUUUAUAUUUUUAUCCGUCUGCACUCUCUAUUUAUUUUUCUGCAAUUUUGGCGGCAUCUUUGUAUAUUAUAACUUAAGCAAUAUCUCAAAUUGAUUUUUGAUUUGAAGCAUACCUGUGUAUAAUUUUGUAUUUAGUUAUUAUUAAAUAAUGAAAACAUAUCUGUAAUCUUAAAACUCUUCACUCUGUAUCUCUAUUUUUUUUCCGUACCAUUAGCAAUGUCUAAAUGAGAAAUUGUUUUAUUACUGGGUGUUGCGAACACGUUGGUCAACUAAAUGACCUAAAUCGCAACACCAAAUGAGCUACCAAUUGAUAUUAAUCUAUGUGCGUAUGGUUUAUUUGGAACUAGUGACAGCAAGUUUUGUUAUGAAAUGCAAUCCUAUAGCAUGUCAUAGGAUGGGAAAGGUUUAUUGCCUGUCACUUCAUAGCAAGCAUCUAUACUAUCUGUCUUCUAAGAAUCUCAUUUAUUUUUAUUCUAUAUAUUUCGAUAUUAAGUUAUUUGGUGUUUUGU